AUGGAUAGUAAAACUGUUUGCAACAUACGUCAUUUGCUGCAACAAUUGUUAAGUUCAAUGAAAUUGUUACAAAGAACCGUUCAAAAGGCUCAGCACAUUUGUCGGAUUUCUCGACAACUUUCUAAUCAGGAAAAAAGUGCUCCGUUACGUCUUCUGACUUCACCAGUGCAUAAUCAACCGUCAAAAUAUGUUUCGGUUACAGAAGCUAUUUCGUUGAUUCACUCAGAUUCCAAUAUUUUUGUACACGGAACACCAAGCAGUCCUAAUGUGCUUCUUAACGAGGUAUGUCAACAGGUCAAAAGUGGAAGACUUGAUAGGUUACGAUUCAACCAUAUUUUGUUAACUGGAGAACUUCCGUGGGUAAAUCCGGAAUUUCAUGGAAAAAUUCGUUCAAACUGUUUGUUCAUUUGUGAUGCGCUACGUAACUCCGUAAAUGAAGGUUUUGCCGAUUAUACACCUGUAUUUUUAUCAGAAAUCCCAAGUUUAUUUACGACAACAAGGUUACCUGUUGAUGUUGCUUUAUGCACAGUAACUCCACCAAAUAAAAAUGGGUACUGCAGUUUGGGAGUGGAUAUUACCUGUGCAUACGAUGCCUUAAAAGCAGCCAGGAAAAUUAUCGGCAACUUUGUUUUACCUUCGAAAAAUUUUUUAGCUGUAGUCACCAAAAAACUGCCGUUCACUUAUGGAGAUACUUUAAUACAUGAGUCACAUUUUGAUGCAAUGGUCCGCGACGAUCAGCAGGAUAUCUUCACCAUCAACCCAUUAGAGCUCAAAGUCAAUGAAAAAGAAGCCGCCAUAGGCAAGACCAUUGCUGAAAAUUUGGUGGACAAUGAAGCAACUUUGCAGUUGGGAAUCGGUGCAAUACCUGAUUCAGCACUUUCUGCAAUGAAAGGUCACAAGAACUUGGGAAUACACACAGAAAUGAUGGGCGAUGGUGUAAUAGAGCUUAUUAAGCUAGGCGUUGUUAACAAUUCUUGCAAAAGCCUCCAUAAAGGCAAAGUUGUAACAAGUUUUGCCGUUGGAACUCGAGACCUUUAUGAUUUUGUCGACGGCAAUCCUGUUUUUGAGUUUCGUUCAUGCGCAUAUACUAAUGAUGUCCAAAUAAUCAGAAAACAACACAAAAUGACAGGUAUUAACUCGGCAAUUGAGGUUGACCUAACCGGUCAAGUAUCCUCCGACUCUAUAGGAACGAAAUUUUAUUCAGGGUUCGGCGGUCAGGUCGACUUCAUCUACGGUACCUCAGUAGCUGAUGAUCGCGAUGGCAAAGCAAUCAUUGCUAUAACUUCCAGAACCCCAAAAGGCGAAUCUAAAAUUGUACCGUUACUGCAUGAGGGUGCUGGAGUAGUUACAACAAGGGGUCAUGUACGAUACGUGGUUACAGAAUAUGGCAUAGCAGAGUUAUGGGGUAAAACAGUUCGCCAACGGGCCUAUGAACUGAUACGAAUUGCUCAUCCGGACUGUCGUGAGAGUCUGGAGAAAGCUGCAUUUGCCAGAUUCAAAUGUAUGCCUGCCAAGAACUAA